GGGCUGGAGAGAGAAGCCAGCACAGCAGCAGCGGCGAUUGAAUGAGGUGGACACUCUGGCUGUGUUAGUUUCGGGCCAGUGCCUGUCUCGUUCUCGUUCCUCGCUCUUCCUCCAACCCACAUUGCCUUCUUUCAUCUCUCAUCCUAAGAAGUAGGGGUUAUUAUCCCCAUUUUGUUAGACGAAACUGGGGUUCAGAGAGGCGAGCACGUGCCCAGGUGUCUCGGCCGCCGGGCCUCCGGGGUGGGUCACUAGCACAACGCGCCCCCGGCCCGCGGUCCCGUGUCUCGGCGCUGGGGCCCAGGGGGCGGCGCCAGCCUGCGGGCCGCGGGGCGGGGCGGGGCGAGGCCGGACCGCUGGCCUCCGGCGGGGCGGCGAGAAGGGGGCCAUGGAGGCACCGGACUGCCACUACCAGUUCCGGAUCGCGCUGCUGGGGGACGCGGCCGUGGGCAAGACGUCGCUGCUGCGGCGCUACGUGGCGGGAGCGCCCGGGGCCCCGGAGCCCAAACCCGAGCCCGAGCCCGAGCCCGAGCCCGAGUGGGCGCCCACAGUGGGCGUCGAGUUCUACAGCCGCAAGCUGCAGCUGCCGGCCGGGCCGCGCGUCAAGCUGCAGCUUUGGGACACCGCGGGCCACGAACGCUACAGGUGCAUCACCAGGUCCUUUUACCGGAAUGUGGUAGGUGUCCUACUGGUCUUUGAUGUGACAAACAGGAAGUCCUUUGAACAUAUCUGCGACUGGCACCAGGAGGCCAUGGCCACUCAGGGCUCAAACAAGGUGAUCUUCUUACUGGUUGGCCACAAGAGUGAUCUGCAGAGCACCCGUGUUGUCUCAGCCCAGGAGGCAGAGGAGCUGGCUGCCUCCCUGGGCAUGGCCUUCAUGGAGACCUCGGCCAAAAAGAACUGCAAUGUGGACCUGGCCUUCAACACCCUUGCUGACGCCAUCCAGCAGGCUCUGGAGCAGGGGGACAUCAAGCUGGAGGAGGACUGGGGGGGUGUCCGGCUCAUCCACAAGGCCCAAGUCCCCAGGUCCCCCCACAGGAAGCAGCCCCCAGGCCCAUGUCAGUGUUGACUCUGGGAGGGAAAGGGUUAAACCUCUGUCAACCUCAGAAGUGCUGCUGGAAUGGGGAGUGGCAGGAUCUUUCUGGAGAUCAAAUGGCAGGAUGUAUCCAAAGGGUUAACAUAAACAGUAUCUUAGCAGUCA